CUAAAAAGACUUCGAAAAACCAAUUGAUCUAACUCCAUAUAAAAUUCUUGAAUUUCUGCAGUCCCAAAAAAAAAAAAAAUAAAUAAAUAAAUAAAGAGUAUCUCCUUUGCUAGUUCACAAGUUUGACCUCCAUGAAAAAUCAAACAAUAUUUAAACUUCUUGGUAGGCAUGCGCUGGCUAGUUACUUAUAACUUCUUGUCUUCUUAGUUCGUACUAUUUAUUGGUUUUCAAUGUGGAGUAGCAGUACUGUGAUCAAGGCAUAGAGAUAAGGUGCAAAUUAGAUGAUGAUGAUAAGCUCAAGCUGCGUUGGGGGUUGUUUAGACGCCCAAGACCCAGUAAAAGUGAGCUUCGUGAGACUUUACAAAUGGCCUGAAGCAGACGCAGAGUUCUUAAGAAACUUAAGCAUGAAGUACGAGAAGACAUCAUCAGAGACGACGGGUCUUCGUCGUCAUUCUCCUUUCAACACUAGUGGAGCAUAUGUCUACCAUGAGAGCUUUGCUUCGAGGCAGAGGUAUCUCAGAAGCUAUACUUUCAGCAAGAAAGAGACGUUGACGGAGAAAACAAAGAGGUGGUUGAAGGAGAAGCAGAAGGCCGUACUGGUGAAGAGCACCAAGUGUAAGAACAAAUUAUCUCAUGGUAGCAUUAAUGGCUCCUGUAAUUCUUUUCUUGGAGGCGUCUUUAAUGUCUUGCUUUUCUGUGUGGCGACGUUAGACGUUGGUGAUGAUCAUGAUCAGUAAGAAGAAGGGGCAGAUAUAUAAUUGCUUAAUUCCUAGUAAAACCUCACGAAUUUGCUCUCGCUAGCUUUAAUAAUUGGUACGUAGUUUGGUCUAUGAUUGUAAUAUUAAUUAUUAGGACCUCGUUUGAUGGUACUCGGCCUACUGCAUGCAUGGCCUCUUCUGAUUACCAAGGCUUAAUUUAAGCUCUUCCUUGAA